AAGAAAGCCGUGUGACAGUGAGCGCUUACCAGGAUCCACUAAACGCUUGAUUUCAAAAGUAUGUGAAGUUCGCAGUUCCAUUGUAGCAAUAAACUUGCACAACGUUCUUGAAUUAAUAAUUAAUUAGAUGCACGCCAGUCGACUUUACAUUUCCACGCCCCUAAACAUGACGCCGAACAAAACGAAUUUUGAUUGGUUGUGUUACAUGUCAGUCAAACGUCCUCUUGGGCGGUCAUAGCCAUUCAAAGCUGCGAUGGAGUCCUUCUUUCGUGCCGUCAGUCUGAAGCUCUGGCUACGCGAGACUAACCCACGCACUUUUGGGGCCCCCAGAGAUCGGUUUUAUUAGUAGUAACAGUUCUCGAAGUGGGCCGGUACACACCGGUACACUUCUCGCGCACCGCCUCUUUUCACAUGUUGCAGGCUGAACACUCACACCGAAACGUAGAAUUAUCAGACUAUUAAUUAAUUGUAUACAUCGCGCGUUCUGAGAUUUUAUAAGCUGUACGAACUGAACGGAUCAAUUGACUGUGUUUGAGGCCCAAUUGUUUAAUUUUGCAUGAGUGGCGCGCGAAUCACCGUAGGCGCGUUCACCAGCGCGCUCCAACAGUGUUAAGAUUUGCACGAGCCGUUCCUAUACGAUGCUGAUGAUAAAAUGUGUAACCCAUUUGGAUUCUAUUGAGAAUAUAGUAAAAUGCUACAGAGAAAGUCGAACAUGAUCUAAAACAGAAACUAAAAUGAAAAGAGGGGAAAACAUCAUCCUGCAAGCUCAUGAAGACCACAUUUACUAGAAUCUAUCACGUUCUAUUUUAUUUAUUGUGGCAAAUUUUGACUAGUUGUAGGAUUUAUAAUAGAUAAUCUGUUAAGGGAAUAGAUUUUUCACUAAAGAUUUAUAUUAGGCUACAACUGUGAUAUGUUGUAGCUAUAGUUUCUAACUGUGUUGCUAUUUUUCAUAACAAAUGCUAUAAAAAGAAAGAGAGAAAAAAAAUGGUAUACCUGUAAUUAUAUCCUUAUUGUAACAAAUGCUAUAGUUAACAAUUACAAGAACUAUGUUAUUUUAAGGCCGAGUACAAGUUAGAAAGAGCUUUAAAAUAUGGACCUUCUUGAAUUUUUGACUAAACAAUUGGUUUUGUUUAAGAAUGUAUGAAUAUGAAUAUUUGAUUACUGUACUGUAUUGUUCUUACAUUUAGAUUUGCAUAAUAAAUCAUCUGCUAGUGCUAGCUACAGCCAUGGUAGAUCUCUGACUAAAUACUGAUACCUAGUGGGCAAAAGUAAUAGGUCAUUAUUAUUAAAUUGCAGACAAAGAUUUUGGAUAGCUAGGUUGGUUUGUAUGUUUGGUGCGGAAUGGGUGCGGUAGGGGCCCCAACCUCAUAUUCUUUCAUGGGGCCCAAAAUUGCUAGCGGCGCCCCUGGUUAAAGGUUUGAAAAUAACACAGCUUAUAUUAUAUUUAGUAAGUGGACGAAAGAACAUUUGAACAAGGCUAUAAUCACCCUUUGUUUAAAAAAAAAAAAAAGCCUUUUAUGAAUAUGGGUUUUGGUAAUACUUUACAGCAAGGUUUCAUUUGUUAACAUUAGUUAACUACAUUAGUUAACAUUAACAAUUAACAAUACUUCUACAGCAUUUAUUAAUCUUAGUUCAUGUAAAUGUCAAAAUCCACUAAAACAAUUUUAAGGCCAAAUGUUGUAUCUCUUAACAUUAGUUAAUGCACCAUAAACUGACAUGACUGUGAAACUUUUUAUUGACUAACAUUUAACAAAGGUUAAUAAGUGGUGUAAAAAUAUUUCUCAUUGUUUGUUGAUUUGUAAGCGUUUUUAUGCUAUUUUAUGUAAGAUAUUUUGAGUGUUUAGAUGUGUUAAUGUUUUCAAGUUGUUUCAAAUCUAGAGUGUGUUUUUGUUGGAUCAUAUCAGGCUGUUUUAUCAAAUCAUGCUGCUUGUCUGUCAGUUUUCAAAGAGUGGGCGGUUCUCCUGGAGUUCCAUGUACAUAAAAGAGACAUGUUUCCUGCUGGGAAAUGAGAUACUAGGCAAAACAUGCAGUUACCCUCCUCGCCUCCAUCCACAGGCUAAUGAGUGUGGAUUUUUCUCAUAUUUCUAGAAGAACACAAUGUUUCAGCUUGCAUGUUAAUUUUAUGCUGCCACAUGGAGUGAAUAAAAAACUUUAGCUCUGAAGGAAAUUGGAUGGCUUGUGUUCAAGUUUACUUGUGCUCCAACCCCGAAGAUUCUGUGGUUGAGAGGAGGCUACUAAGGCAGAGAGUUUUCCCCAGACUGAGAGAAUAUUGCAGACGCACAUAUGGAGUUGAAUUCAGAGUUAUCGACCCGUAUGAAGCAGCAGAUCCCAAAUACUGGCCCGCACAGCAGGAACGACUGCAGAUACUGGAGGACUGCAGGAAGAAUUCUCUGGGCCCUUUCUUUGUGGGGUUUGUGGGUGAACAAUAUGGAAAUGCAAAUUUACCUCAGCAGAUAGAAGCCUCAGAGUUCCAGUGUAUUCUUCAGGAAUGCCAACGCAUGGGCCUAAGGACCGACAUUCUGGAGAGAUGCUACCAGAGAGAUGAGAAUGCCAUUCCUCCCUCAUUCUGUAUGGUCAAUCCAACAGGUCAUUUUGAACAACCUGGUGUCCAGGCAAAGAAUCCAACUGAGGAGAACAACUGGUGCAAGGUACUUCCAGAGGUGAGGAGAAUUCUUCAUGAUGUUGUGAACCAGUGUGUUCAGGAGGGGACUUUGACAUAUGAUAAAGCUCAGAAAUAUUUCCGAUCAGCUCUUGAAAAUGACAUCUGCUAUGCCUAUGAAAACCAUUCCAUUGAAGAUGUUGCAAGAUGUCUUUGCUACGUUCAUAAAAUAAUUAUCCCAAGGAAAGCAAAUGGAUUGUCCCCAGAGCAACAAGCCCAGUUGCACCGGCUGUCCCAGCUCCGAGUUCAGUUCCUGCCAAGUUUGGUAACCUCCCACAAAGCCCUGGUGUACUGCACCACCACAAAGUGCAAUCGUCUGCAAGGUUACACUCCUGAGAUGAGGCUCAACUUUGCUGCUGGUCUGAGUGAGCAGCUACAUACAGAUCUCAAGAGACUCAUUGACCGUACUGUCUCAAAGGAAACAACUGUUACAGUCGAUGAAUCUGGCCAGAAAGAUCUGUGCCACAUUUUUUCUUCUCUUUACAGAAUUGAACGGGAAGAAGUCGAGCAUGUUAAAUCCUACUUACGAGGAAAAAAUACAGUAUUUCCCUUCAUACUCAAUGGUACACCAUGCUCAGGCAAAACUGUGCUUCUGGCUCACUGUGCAAGUCAGGCAUCCGAAUGGUUGAAGGACCUGGAUCCCGAGAUUAUUGUGUACUUCAUUGAUGUCAACAAUUCCCUGAGACAGCUUCUCAAAGACAUUUGUGCAAGGGUUGAUUCAAGUAGUACCUCUGUCAACAACAUCUUCCAACUAAAAGAAAACUUUAAAAGGCUCCUGACCUCAAGAUCACCGUCCAAGAAUCCUCUAGUGCUCAUCAUAGAUGGUCUUGACCAACUGCCAAAGACGGAUGGAGAACUUGACUUGACAUGCCUUCCCAAAUCAUUAGCUUCAAAUGUAAAGCUUCUCAUUUCCAUUACUUCAAACAAGCCUGCCAUUCUUGCUACCCUGAAGAUGUUUUACCAAGAUUCAACCCUGUUCUAUGAAUUGCAACCAGUAGAGAGUAAAAGCUGCAGCCAGCUAAUGACAACACGUCUUCAGGAGUCCAACAGAAAGAUCACCUCAGGCCAACAGAUGUAUGUGAAUCAGGCUUUUAAGAAAUGCUCUGUCCUGCUAUACAUGGAACUCCUUCAUAGACAGGCAAUCCACUGGAACUCAGAGUUUGAGAUUACAGAGAACACUCUUGUCCAAGAGGUCCAUAAUAACAUUGUUUUGAUGUUUGACGAUCUGGAGAAGAAGCAUGGGAAAGUUUUAGUCUCCAAAGCUUUAAGCUAUCUUACCUUGGCUAGGUAUGGUAUAACCGCAGUUGAGUUGACUGAUGUUCUUUCUUGUGAUGAUGAAGUCCUAGCAUGUUUUCUUCCACCAGGCGAUGACGUACCACUUACGUUGAGGGUCCCUGAAGUUUUUGUGGAAAGGCUUCUUUUAGACCUUAAGGGGUUUCUGGUGCUGAGGAACAUUUUAGGUACCCAAACUCUAUUUUGGGUCAGCCGACACUUCCCUUUGGUCAUAUGUAAGAGGUACCUGUGCUCAGAAGAAACAUGUCAGAAGAUAAAUCAUGUGCUGUCAGACUAUUUCAGUGGCAUUUGGGCAAAUGGCAAAGCAAAGCCUUUGAUCAUCAAAGACAUGGAAAUCCCAACCUCUUCAGAUGUCCCACAGAAUAUUAACAUUGACAGACAAGUGCCAAGUCAACCUUGGACCUUUUCUCCUCCUUUGUAUAGCUCUACUGCCAUGAGUCCAUCAGCAAGAACAUAUCCCAAUUUGAGAAAACUCCACUUACUCUCUUUCCAUUUGUUCAAAAGUGGGAGAAUCCAGGAACUCGGGAACCAAAUGAUUUCUCAAGAAUACCUCCAGGCAAUGCUGCAAGCAGUACUGGCUGAUGAACUGUUUCUGUGGCUUGAGAGGACAUGUCAGUUGGUGUUUCCCAGGGAACUUCAGCUCCUCCACAUCAUCUUGAGAUCUUCAGCAUGUCUACUGAGGAACAACCCAGCCUUUCUCCCAACAGUACUGCAAGCCAAACUCCUUCCUUUUCUGAGUGUUUUUCCUACAUUGGGAGAAUGUGUUAAUUCAGCAAGGCCUAAAGGUAUGCUCCCAAAAAAUGAAGUGUAUACUGUGUUGCCUCCAGUUCCUUCAGUACCUUAUACCCACUGUACACUGCAAGAGUCAACAGCUUCCCAGAUCAUGCAGUCAGCUGGAUCUCCCUGUGGCACUGUGGUGGUUGUACUGGAAAAUGGUGCUGCUUGGGUUUGCAAUGGAGGUAUAUUUGAAGGCUUCAAACUUACUAAAUCCUCUAAUCUGCAGUUCACAAGUGUCACUAGUUCUGGAAACAUAUUCCUUCUCAGCACCGAUUGCAGUAAACUUGUCAUGUUGGAUGCAGGCGUUAAUACACAGCCUCAAGAAAUUCAAACCCAGCACAGAGAAAACAGGGAAAAUGCCAUUCUUGAGGGUGUCUUGGUGUCCGGUGACAAAAUAUUUGUGUGGUGGAGAGGACAAAACAUUGUUAGUGUAUUUGUUGAUAGGAAGGAACAUACCCAACUGCAAUGCACUUAUGAGAUAACCUGUGUGUCAUGUUCUGUGGACGGAGAUAUCAUUUACUGUGGACAGAAUGAAAGUUCUGUGACAGUAUUUGAUUGGCCCAAUGGCAAGCCUCUAACCACCUUCACUUGUCUAAAAGAUAUACCAUUAAUUGAUAUUAUUCGCUCUGAGGGUGACAGGAUGAUUACAUGUGUAGAUCAAGCAGGAAAUGUAUUUGCUUGGAAUCUUGAGAUUAUAACAGAACCAGUUCUGAUUGGUGAGAUCCAUUGCAGAACCAAGGAGAAGGUUUUAAACACAGACUACAAAGGGGACAACAUUCUCCUAAUAUGUAAAAAGCAACAAAUGCAACUUAUUGACAUACAUCAAAUUGGUGUACUUGAUCAAUUCAAUCCCCCGAGAGGAAAAACAUUUAAGCAAGCCAUAAUGGAUCAAAACUCACGUUUCAUCCUUGCUCUACUGUGCAAUUGCCCGUUUCUGCUAGUCUGGAAUUGUGCCUCAGGACAGUGCGUGUUGAGUCUGGACACUGCAAACUGUCGAGCUAGUAAACUUCUGAAAUGUGGGGCCACUUACUUGGCAGCAAUAACAAGUGUAAGUGUUCUUAUUUGGGACAUGGAUCUCAUUGCAGCUUCAGCAUUGGCCCCAAAAUCUGGAAAGAGGGUGGAGAUGGUGGCUUUCGGAUCUCAUGGAGAAAGCUGUUACUCAGCAGAUGGCUCAGAACUUGUGUGGAAGUGGGCAAUAUCAGGUGUCAAAGUAGAAGGCUGCUUCCUUCACCAAGGUUCUGUGGAGUCUAUGUCUGUCUCUGGAGAUGGCAACUACCUUGUGAGUAUUGCAAGAGGAGACAUAUAUGUCUGGGAUACCAACAGUGGGAAAAAUAUUCACAAAAUCUCUGGUAGUCAAGCAUACAAGGUUUUAAUAACUCCCAAGGGCAACUCUGGAGUUGCCCUUUCAGAGACAGGUCCAUCAAGGGUGUGGAAGUUGCAGAGUGGAAACAGCAUUUGCAGCAUUCAUCAUCAUCUCAGAAAUGCUGCCAUUUCGCAAGAAAGCACCUUCCUUUUAGGUCUUAACAGUGGGAAUCUCUUGGCUGUUAGCCUCUGGUCUGGUAAUAUUAGCAAAUGCUUCUCGUGCUCCAACAAGUCAGAUGUUGUUGUUGCUUUCCAUUCUCUGCUCGACCAUCCAGAUUAUGUGAUUGUUGCUUUAGCCUCAGGCACUGUGUACUCCUGGAGGUUAACAGAGGAUACUAUUUGUCGUCAAUUCAAGUUGCCAGACUCUUCCUUGUGUCAACCUGAGAUCUUUAGCCUAUCAUCAGAUGGGGGGUAUGCCAUCCUUUCUAUAUCUGAGUCCACUAUAAACAUCUUAGACUUCUCAAACAGUAAACUCUGCUCUUUGAGAACUGAAGGACCUGUUCCGCAACCAGAUGUGACUGUCUGUGUUUCUGGUCAAUAUGUAGUCUAUACAUGUUUAUCCUCUUUGGUGUGCCACAAUAUGUCCUGUGAUCUCCAUGAAAAACCGAUGCUGGUAGUCAUACGUCUGACUGACGGAGAGACCGUAGGAAGGUUCUAUUUGUGCAAGAACCCUUCUACUCUAACUGUGUCAGAGGAUUUGUUUGUGUAUGUAGGGUUUGAGGAUGGUUCUGUAGGGGUUUAUGCUGUUAUUGACACCAAGAUGGGUAACACCAGCUGGAAGGAGGAAAGUCAAAGCCCAAGACUUUUGUGUCCAUUGGAUGAGCAACUGAUUUGGUCGCCUCUGGUAAAUCCUAACCUUACUUGGGUUGAAUUGCCCCUGCAAUCGUUUUAAAUAGUUCCAGUGUAACCAAUUCUGGUUUUGGCACUGAGGUCCAAAAGAAAUGUAUAUAUGUAAAAAUGUAGUUUUACAGAAUGUCAUAUUGUUUUGACAUAUGAAGAUAUAAAAUAUAUUUUUACAAUGUUCCAGAAUGCUAAGACUGUGUUUGUGAUAUGUAAUAUACAUAUGUUUAUCAUAAAAUAUAUACAAAAUCUAAAUAUGUUAAUUUGUCUCACAUAAGUCAGGAUUCAAGAAAAAAUCAGGUGUGAAAAUGUAUGACAUACAUUGCCAGUUUAAAAAAUUAACAAAGGAUUUAAGGCUUAGAGUAUUACAAUAUAAUGUUUUCUGUAUUAUAUUUUCUUUUGACCUAUUUAUAAUAAUUUUUUUGUAUUGUUGAUUGUUGCAUAGUAAUCCAUGAUUUUGUUCACAUUGUAUUGUAUAGAAUUAGAAAUAGUUUGUUUUGUAUUAAAGCUGGAAAAUAUCUAUAGGCUACGUUUCAUUUAUAAUAAUACAUGUGGUUCAACUUACAAAAGACAAAAAAUUAAAUAAAAUUCUCA